CGCUGGGUGAGGAGGUGCCAUUGGCCCCUUUGACCUGCUCUGGAGUGGAUGAACUUGAAAUCCUCCUCAGCUUUCCGGUCGGAGCACAGCUUCCACCACCACCGCCGCUCCUCGUCGCCCUCUUGCCCCAUGGAGCUGUUCGGGAGCUUCGCAAGGCCCCAAGAGCCAAUGGGUUUCCCAGCUCGGCCUGGCACCAGUGGCAAAGUGAAGACCCUGGGCAACACCUACCAGUUCACAGUGGAUGUCAGCGACUUCGCCCCCGAGGACAUCAUCGUCACCACCUCCAACAACCACAUCGAGGUGCACGCUGAGAAGCUGGCCGCGGAUGGCACCGUCAUCAACACCUUCACCCAUAAGUGCCAGCUGCCCGAGGAUGUGGACCCCACAUCGGUGUCAUCCUCGCUGGGGGACGACGGCACACUGACCAUCCGCGCCAUACGGCAGCCAGCCAAACACAGCGAGCACGUCCAGCAGACCUUCAGGACUGAGAUCAAAAUCUGAAGGGCUGGGGGCAGAGCUGGGGAUGGGCUUUUCCCCUGCCCCAUGGGUAGUGUGUGGGGUGCUCCCUUCUGUAUCUAGCUGUCUGCUCCCCGGCAAGCUGGCUGCCACCCUACUGGUUUGGGAUGGAGGGGAUGGGAGCGCUCCCCACAGGCUCCCUAUGAGGUAUGAGGGGUGAAACCUGCACGCAGCCAAGCAUCCCUCACUGCAGAACCUCCCCCUGAGAGACUGCAGGCUCCAGAUGCUGCCAUUCUGGAUUAGGAAGACCUGGAGGUCCCAUAGCAGUCGUGGUGGUGAUUGCGGGUUCGCCUGCAGGAUGGAUACGAGGAGUGAGCCCUUCCCCAACCCUCCGCUGGAGCUUUUCUUUGUAUAUACAGCUUGUACUGGGUUGUGAGAGAUUAUUGAGAGCUGCUGUCUCCUCCUUUCA